CCUUCAUACUAGGUCAAUAAGUAAUCUAAACUGUGGAUUCUGCACUCCAAUGCAGCUGCUUCAGGUAAGACUUUAGCCCAUCGCAGCCUCAUUUACGUGGCUCAGAAAGUGCUGCGUAGGCGCGGCUUUUCCUUUAUAUUCCAAAUUCCAUUCUUUUUUCCUAUGUUGGUCUCUUCGCUUUCUUUUGGUGGGAAAGCUCUGGGCUUUGGAGGGGAAUCGUGGACCAUUCGCUCUUGUUCAUGUGCCGCUCCUUUUAUCGCUAUCAGUAGUGGAGCAGGCAGUGGAGGAUGAUCCCUAUCUGAUGCAUUUCGGAGUGUGAAAUUGUUUCCAUGGUGAUGGAUGAAUUCGUGGCUUGAUUAUCAAAAGGGAUUAUCCUUCUCAGGUUGCUACUGAAGAGAGGAGGAAGUCUUGACACAUCUUUUAAAGCAUAUAAUGUCAGACAAUGAUGCACCAACUUGUAAAGAAGGUGAUGUUAUUGAACAGUUUAGGGGUAAAAAUAUUAGUGCUUCCCAAACUCCUUACAUGGGGCAGUGGAUGGCUCAUUGGAUGCAACCAUGCAAAAGUUCAUCCUCUAAAGAUUGUCAGCUGCAUUCUGAUGCUCUUGCUGAUAACAUACUCCAUAAAUUUGAAGGGCAUGACUCUUCGGAACUUGAUCGAUUAAAAUCCAAAGAGUUUAAAUUUGUAAGGGUGGAUAUGAAUCAAAGGUAUAGUUUUGUAGACAAGGGUAAAUCAAACUUAGCUGCUGAAGAUGAUCCAUCAUCAUAUGAUAUCAGAUCAGGUGAACCUUGCGUUGAUAGGGAAAAGUUUAAAAUUAAGGAAAACUUUUCAAUGAGAAGAAAUGUGGAGCCAAUCAACGAUGGAAGAACAUUUUGUAAAAAACUAAGUGCUCAGCAACUGACCGAGUCUUCUAUAAAAUGGAAAAAAAUUGGAUCAUAUUGCUGUCACAGUCUAGAUGUUUCUGAGUCGAAUUUUGAACACUUACCUAUGCUUGACAUCAAUCGGGAAAUUGAGACCAUGUUGGCUUCUAAGGAAAAAUCUGCUUAUGGUGCUGUGUCUGUUAAAAUGGUGAAGGAAAACUUGUCACUGUGUGAAUCUAUAGGCACUUCCAGUCUUGUAGAAUUAGCACCUGGGAGUUGUCUUGCAGCCAGAAAAAUAACUGAUGAUGCUGAAAAGAUGAUGACAACUUAUGAAGGCUUCCUUCCUGAUAGUGCUGUUGGUAUGGAUGGAGCUUCUUCUCCUGUAAUUCAUGGUUGCAAAUAUCAAAAGGAAAAUAUGAUUGCCUGCAUAUUUAGUUCUGGGUUGACUAAUGUAGAUCCACACAAUAAACUGACUUGUGUGCAGCACAACCUAUGUUCUUGUAGCUCAAGUUCCAAAUCAAGGACAACAGAAACUAAAGGCAAAAUUUACUCAAUUUCUAAAGGUUUCAGAAAUUCUUGGACAAGUCUAAAGGGUGGAUCCAACCAUGUUCUCAGUGAGUCAAGUCCAACUGAUUUCCUAUAUUCUUUUUCAACUGAAGGACACGGUUCAGAAGUAAAAGCUGAUUCUUCCAGCUGGUUGCUACUUGACCAGAGAAGACUUGGCAAGCCAGAUGGUUCUGAUAUAAACCAUUUGCCUUGUCAAAUGCCAAAGUGCUCAAUACAUGAUAUGAGUCUAACUGAAUCUUGCCAAAAUUUGAAGUCUGUUGAAAUUGGAGAACGAUUUCACAAGUUCUCUAGCACUGUAAAGUAUUUACUGGUUACAGAUAAAAUGGGUAAGGAUCAGUGCCUCAGAGAACGGACUAUGGGUGAUUCUCCAUUCACCCAAGUUAAUGGAAAUACUUUGUCCAAAACAGUAACCAUUCCCACCGAACUAAGUUGUGGCAAGAAAGAGAAGAGCGCUGUGCGCUUAGAAAACUUUGUAAGUGAUGAAGAUAGGGAUGAUCGGAAUGACAGUGGCGUUCAUCUUAUGGGGGAACAUAAUGAGUUUUCUACUAAAGUUGAUACAAUAAGUACUCAUCCGUUGCAUGGGUCAAGUUCUCUACCAGGAGAAUCUAUUUCCAGUCCACAAAAGGCUACUGCAUAUUCAAAUCUGAGAAAUUCCAAGACUACAUCUGCUUCAUCUGCACGAGAAGUCUCUAUUAGAAAUGCAGAGAUUGGAAUGGCUAAGAGAGAAGAGCAUCUUGCUUCUAUAGAUGAAGUAACUCAUGCAAGCCAUACCGAAGCGAGUGUUUCUAGUACAGAAAGUUUGGCUGCAGAUCAUAUAGUUAAGGUACCAGAUGUCUCCAGCUCCAGUCUUCUAGCAGAUCACACAUCAGGAUCAGAAACUUGCAGCAGAUGGAUUAAGCGUCUCCGGGGUAACCAUUCUGAGAGUCUUUCUCUUUGUACGAAGAGGUUCAAAAAGGGUGAGGAUUCCAUUGAAAUACAGCAAAGUUCCAGCAGAAUACAAAACCAUAAUCCAUUAAGCUCUGGUUCACUUGGAUUCAUGAAGGAACAUGAUAAUUCAGAAAAUGUUUUGCCUUGUGGUGAUUCAGACGAGUCUCUGCAAUUGUGGAUUAGGAGAUGGUGCCGUAAUGAUCAUGAAGUAUCUCAGACCUUAUCAACACCAAGUGUGCCGCUGGCAUUGCAACCAGAAAAGCUCGGAGUUCCACAUGAAAAGUUUGAAGGGAAGAUGUCUGCAAGCAUUGGAGCAAUGGCUUUGAUGGGCAGAGCUAUGAAUAAGUACACGCCCUGUAGAUUUCGGAGAGAGGAAGCUUCUCUGGUAUGGAAUACUGAAGAGUGAGUGGAUGGACAACCAUUCGUAUCAAGAGAGUUGUUGUAUUCCUUGCUAUCUGAAUGUUCAGAAAUCAAAAUGUAACGGUCAAGAAUGAAGCACAUGAAAUGUUGCUGGGGUGAGAUUUACUUAUUUUUUCACAUAUGUAAGUGAAGAAAGAUUUUGGUUGCUUGAAAAGCCAUUUCUAUUGCAUUUCUACGUAUUCCUUAGUGUUUUUACUA